AAUAAUAAUAUAUUGCAUUUACUUUAUUUGGAGUUAUAGUGGUGGCCACUAUCAUAUGUUUCAGUUCAAACUAAUUCAAACAGUUUCAAUGAAUGUUUAUCCAUCUAAGAUGGAUAAGAUAAAAUAGCUGCAAAGAAAGGGCUGACAUAUGCAGAGAAACAAAUGUUAGAUAAGUUUCCUUAAGAGCUGAGCAAAGAGAGGAAAUUAAACAGGCAUAAACACAGAUAAGAGGAAUCCAAACAUCUGGAGAGGAGAUCCGUUACUGAGGGAAGACGAAGCAAAGGAGGGCACCUGCUGGUGUAACACAGACACGACAACAGGACCUCGAUUUAACAGUUGCAAGUACAAGGGAUGAUUCAGAGAGCAAGAUGCCCAGUUAAACCAGAUUAACCUCAGGAAAUUGUAUAUUUGCAUGUGUAUACAUCUCUUGCAUCUUUUGUUUUACUCUGUUUGAAUGCUGCUCGUUAUUGUGCUGUUAUAUAAUCCACUUCUCUCUGAUCUCAACAAGGUUAUUCCAAACGAUCUUAAAGGGCAUUGUCAACAUUGUUAUUAUUAUUAUUGACUGUAUAAUAAACUAUCUUAUUCCCAGGUGUGGCAUGAGCCCGGCUCCGAAUGAAUGUAUGUGACGUCAUCGCGGGGUGGGCGGAGUUUACGUCCAGGCACCAUGGCUUCGGUUGGACCCGAGAAGGUUCCUGAUUCCUGAGCUCUGCGUUUUGGUUUCCUCUGACGCGUCUUCAGCCCGCUGGUCUCGCCAAGGGCAGCGUGGAUAAGGGGGCGUCCACCAGGAGAGGGGAGGUCGACGCCGCGAGCGCCGGAGAGCAGCAGCCAGACGGAGACGCCAGGCUGUCCUCGUCGCCGCCGCCGGAGACGAUGCUCAACGGCGCCGAACGCGACGCCGCGCGGCACAAGAGCCCGACGCGCGGCUCCGCGGCCCUCGCCAACAACAACAACAACAACAAGACUCUGCUGUCGCCGAAUGAAAACGGCACGUCGGACGUGGAGCCGCCGCACGGCUCCGUCACCGGGAGCAACGGGUUCAUUCUCGCCAAGCCGCCGCCGCCGCAGCAGGAAGGCGGCGCCGUGGCCAAGCCGGCUCCGGGGGUUUCCCCUCACAGGACUAACUGGUUGCCUUUGGGCUCGCCGGCGGGGGGCCGCGCGGCCAAGGCCCCCCCGACGGCCUCUGGGUGCGCGCAGAGUUCAGCCGCACUAAGGACUGACCCCGGCACGGGGACCGCGUCGGGACGGGAGGCGCCGGACGCUAAGAACGGCGCCGCCUCGCCUCCGGCCCCGCCUCCGGCCCCGCCUCCUGCACUCGUCACCAUUCACAGAGCUCGCAAGACCAUGUCCAGACCCGCCGUGAGUCCGGCACAGAAGCUUCUUAACCGGGAACUAAGAGAAGCAAACAGCGCCAAAAUGGAGAAGAUGGAGACUGGCGUUGCGCCCGACUCUCAGAAACCCUCGCCGCCGCCGCCCUCCCCUCAGAACCAUCUACCUCAGAGUCCGCCGGAGACGACGCCAGCGUCCGCACAGACGGCUUCACCAGCACCUCCUCUGGCACCUCCUCCGGCUCCGGAGGGUCCUCCGAAGCCCCCGGGGGCUUCUGCGGCUCCUCAAGCUCGACCGGCUCCUCCGGCGCCGUCUAAGCUCCAACUAGGUCUGUACUCUGGAUCCUUUUCGUCCCGGAAGAAGAAGAGGAGGAUGGGAAUGUACAGUCUGGUUCCCAAGAAGAAAACCAAAGUGCUCAAGCAGAGAACCAUGCUGGAGAUGUUCAGCGAACUUCAGAAGCCUGCCAAGAGCCCGCAGGCCAAAGACGUCCCGAGCGUCAACGGCGAGAAGGUGGACAACGCCUCGGAAGAGGAGGAGUCAGAGGAGGCGGUGUCUGAGGAGGAGGCGCGACCGCGGCCGCCGGAAGAACCGGCCGGCGCCGUCCAGAAGGCGACUUCUGAAGCAUCUGAACCCGCCUCUCAGGUGGGAGACGAGCCGGAGUCCGAUGAGUCUGAAGAGGUGGGCGGAGAGGGGGGGGGCGGCUCAGAGUCCGACCAGAGCUCGUCGGAGUCCGGCCUGAAGAAGAAGUUGAAAAAGAAGAUGAAGAGGGACGCCGCGUGGCUCCGGCCGUCCAGGAAGCGGAAGAGGAGCAUAAAGGCCCAAGAUCUGGAGGCGGCGGACGAGCCUCCGGCUCCCGCCCGGGCCCAGGUAGCUGAUGGGAAGGAGCGCACGCAGAUAUCCUCGACGUCGACCGCCGACCUCGACCUCAACAAGCCCCGGGAGCCCACGGUGCCCUCAGAGAGCAAAGGCGCUCCGGCGUCGGUGCUGGAGGAGGCUCAGGAGCUGCCGCUCUGCAGCUGCCGCAUGGAGACGCCCAAGAGCCGAGAGAUCCUCACGCUGGCCGACAGGAAGUGCAUGGCCACGGAGAGCGUGGACGGCCAGCUGACGCGCUGCCAGGGCGCCGUGCUGAAGCACGAGAUGAUGCGCCCCGCCAACUCGGUGCAGCUGCUGGUUCUGUGCGAGGACCACCGCAACGGCAUGGCGAAGCACCAGAGCUGCCCCGGCUGCGGCUUCUUCUGCAGGGCUGGGACCUUCAUGGAGUGCCAGCCGGACCUCAGCAUCUCUCACCGGUUCCACCGCGCCUGCGCCUCGGUGCUGAAGGGUCAAAGCUUCUGUCCCCACUGUGGAGAGGAGGCCGCCAAGGCCAAGGAGGUCACCGUCGCCAAGGCCGACACCACCUCCUCCGUGCCGCCGGCGGCCGCGCUCGAGCACGGGCCGGCCACGCCCGGGGUCCCCGAGGGCCGAGCGGACACCACCACCGGCAGCUCCUCUCGUCUGGCCACGGGGGCCGAAGUCAGCGGCCGGGCCGACAGCUCGCUGUCCGCUGGUUCCGGACACGGACUCGACGCCUCCGUCGUCCCCGGGUCGUCUCGGACCCCGCCGCCGCCGCCGCCGGUCGGGUCGGCAACAGCGGCGCCGCCCGCGGUCCUCCCGGGACCACCCAGGGAGACUCUGGAGAGCAUCCUGGUGGCGCUGGACACAGAGAAGUCCGUCCCACCCACCAGACCACCGUCUUUGUCAGGGUUCAUACGGUCAUGGAAAACCUGGAAAAGUCAUGGAAUAAAAAAAAACGUAUUAUUUCCCGGCUUGGAAAAGCCGAAGAAGCUGCGUUUCCACCCCAAACAGCUUUACCUCUCGGCCAAGCAGGGGGAGCUCAAGAAGGUCCUGCUCAUGCUGGGUGUGUCGACCUCGUUAUGCUUUCUUUUUCUUGUUCUCUUUCUGCAUCCGCAUCAAAACAUUUUGGUUUUUUUAAUGCUAAAUGUCCCUCUUUUUCUCCCAGUGGACGGUAUCGACCCGAACGUCAAGAUGGACUCUCAGAACAAACGCACGCCGCUCCACGCCGCGGCGGAGGGCGGGUACAAAGACAUCUGCCACAUGCUCGUGCAGGCGGGAGCGAACCUGGACAUGUGCGACGAAGACCAGCGGACGCCGCUGAUGGAGGCGUGCGAGAACAACCACAUGGAGACGGUCCAGUACCUGCUGAAAGCCGGAGCCAGCGCCACGCACAAGGACGUGGAAGGGUUCACGUGUCUCCACCUGGCGGCGAAGUCCGGCCAUUACAACAUCGUGGAGCACCUCCUGUCCACGGGGCUGAUCAACAUCAACUGUCAGGAUGACGGAGGUUGGACCGCCAUGAUCUGGGCGACCGAGUACAAACACGUGGACCAGGUGAACCUGCUCCUGUGCAAAGGAGCCGACAUCAGCAUCAGGGACAAGGAGGAGAACAUCUGCCUCCACUGGGCGGCGUUCUCCGGCAGCGUGGAGAUCGCCGAGCUGCUCCUGACCGCCCGCUGCGACCUGCAGGCGGUCAACAUCCACGGGGACUCGCCGCUGCACAUCGCCGCCCGGGAGAACCGCCUGGAAUGCGUCACGCUUUUCCUGACUCGGGGAGCCGACGUGUUCCUAAAGAACCGCGAGGGCGAGACGCCUCCGGACUGCUGCAGCCACAACUCCAAGGCGUGGGCGGCGCUGCAGGCCAACGGCCGAGAGAGGGACGCCAAGCUGUCUCGCGUGGAGGAGAAAGUCCUGCAGAGCGACGUGGCUCUGGGCCAGGAGCGGGUUCCUCUUCCCUGCGUCAACUCCGUCGACGGCGAGCCUCACCCCGACGACUACAAGUACAUCCCCGAGAACUGCGUCACCUCCCCCAUGAACAUCGACCGCAACAUCACGCACCUGCAGUACUGCGUCUGUAAGGAGGACUGCUGCAGCAGCAUCUGCAUGUGUGGGCAACUCAGUCUGCGCUGCUGGUACGACAAGAGAGGUUGUCUGCUCCCCGAGUUCUGCCGCGAGGAGCCGCCCCUCAUCUUCGAGUGCAACCACGCCUGCUCCUGUUGGAGGACCUGCAAGAACCGCGUGGUGCAGAACGGAAUCAGGACCCGGCUGCAGGUGUUCAGGACCAGGAAGAAGGGCUGGGGGGUCCGCGCCGUACAAGACAUCCCACAGGGGACCUUUGUGUGCGAGUACGUGGGUGAGAUCAUCUCUGAGGCCGAAGCCGAGCUGAGGCAGAACGACACGUACCUGUUCAGCCUGGACGACAAGCCACAGGACCUCUACUGCAUCGACGCCCGUUUCUAUGGCAACAUCAGCCGCUUCCUCAACCACAUGUGCGAGCCCAACCUGUUCGCCUGCCGCGUGUUCACGAAGCACCAGGACAUCCGCUUCCCGCACAUCGCCUUCUUCGCCAGCGACAACAUCAAAGCCGGAGAGGAGCUCGGAUUUAAUUACGGCGACCACUUCUGGGAAGUCAAGAGCAAGCUGUUCAGCUGCCACUGCGGCUCGUCCAAGUGCAAGUACUCGGCGGCGGCGAUGGCGGACAGCACGCCGGAGGCCCGGCAGCAGCCCAGCUCGUCCAACGGGCCCUCCAGCCCGUCCUAAAGAACACGGAACAAUAGAAACCCUCCCCACACCCGGAGCUCACGGACACACAGAACCUUUCCCGACGAACUCGUACUGUAGCUCCGCCUCCGCUCCAAACCGCGGAACCGGACGCACAAUCCAAUCCUGGAAGAACUUCUCACUGCUCACCAGCAGGGGGCAGCAACACGUCAUGCAUAUAAUGUCAUGCGUUACCUUACGGGAAGGAGGACUGUGCUUUUUCUGUUCUUUUUUUUUUUAAGAUGAUGAUGAUGAUGGCUUGAAAUUGUUACAAGGCUUUUCUUUUUCUUAUCGACUCGUGAUUCUGGAACUUUUGGGGGCCGGGAUGAUGAUGAUGAGGGUCUCGUAACCUCGCCGUUCGGCCGGGUUUAAGUGACUUUGACCUUUGAACCUUUCCGGCGAGACUAGCCGAUAUAAAUAUUGACCUUUGUCACUUCCUCUUUGCCAACAGAGUCGAUUAUGAAUUGAUGAAUUACCUAAAGAUCUGGAGAAAAAAAUUUGGAUUGUUUUUCCUUUUUUAUUUGCUCCUCCAAGCGAGUCGAGAUCGUCUGUCUGAGAGAACGAUGCUGUACCAUUCCUCCAAAAUGAGGCUUUUCUAGUCUGAAUAAAUUGGUUUUAUUAAUACGCAUGUUGCCACCGAGGUGGAAGGAUUUGAUUAAACUGAAAUAGAGUUUAAAAAUGAGUAAAUGGUGCUGACAGUUUUUCAAGUGAACAUAGUUUGUAAGAUAAGAGAACGUUUGACUUUUUUUUUUUUUAUGUUUCAUUUUAACUCCACUUUUUCUAAGCGUCGUUUACUGUAGUUGGGUUUAUAUAUAUAUAUAUAUUUUUUGUUUUGUUUCACGAUUCUUAUUUUUUUGCCGACAGAAGCCAAGCGAUCUUUUUUAAAUGUUAGUAAAAGCAGUGACUGUUGUGAAAAAAAAGUCUUGAAAGGUAUAAAUGAUUUUUAAAAAAAAAAUUAGAAAAGAUGCAAUCCAUAACGUUCUGUUACAUAUUUCAUGACCGUGAACCAUCCAUCUAAUUGGUUGUAUCUUUUUCAAUAAAUUUACUACUAAUGCAUUUAUUCUGA